AUGAGGCUAAUUCAAAAAAACAAGAUGAAUACAAUGAAUAAUUUGAUAAGAUAUGUUUGCCCAUAUCUAAGACAGAUUGGCUAUAUUGUCUUUUUUAGAAGCUCAUCUAAAAUGUAGUAUCAUAUUCAUAGAAAUAAAAUAGGAAAAGAGGAUGCAAAGCUAAGAGAAAACAUACAAGACUAUAUUUAUUUCUGUUGAAAAGGAAAUAAAAUUAUAUGACUGAGAUAUGCUGGAUCGAAAGCAUGAACACAAUCAAAAUUAAUUUUAACAUACGACACUUUAUUAGAGAAUUGGAGGAAAAAAUUAAUGCUAUAAAAUUGGAGCAAAUUAUGGAAUCAUCAUCACAAUCUGUCCAUCCACAAGUAGUAUCAGCAUUAUCAUCGGCAGUACAAUCAUUCCCAAAUGUAUUUUUGAAACCAUUGCAGAAAAUAGCAGCUGUAUAAGCUGUUCUUGCUGCAUAAAUAACUCCAGUUUAGUUUUACAUCCUAAAAUUACUAUUAAAGCACAAUCAGCAUAGAAAUAUCUGCUCUUAUUUUUAUAUAUGCUAUUUUAGCAUAGAAAGCAUUAUAAUUUAAAAGUAAAAAGAGAAAAAUAAAUACUUCCAGCUGAUAUGA